GCCCACCCUUUCCUUCUAUUCCAUCUCCCGGACCCGUCAUCGUUCGAACCCACUACCGUACACUAUAACUUACGAGGAGGCCAUGUCUAACACUCCGGGAGGCGAGGGAGUCCCCACACCCGUAUCCGUUAAGACGGGGGAGGAGGGUUCGGACCUCGAGCGUAACAAGUCUGAUCAACCGGUUCCCUAUACCGGGUUAGUGGAUGAGAAGGAAUUUGGACAUGUGAGGAGAGGUCUGAAGGCUAGACAUGUUCAAUUUAUCGCUAUUGGGGGGAUCAUUGGGACGGGAUUGUUUGUCGGUUCUGGUGCUGCACUGGUCAGGGCAGGACCAUUGAGCAUUCUUUUGGCUUAUUCUAUAGUUGGGACCGUUGUCUAUUCUUUGAUGUUGGCUAUUGGAGAGGUGAGUUUUUUUUUUUCUUUUUUCCUUUUUCCUUUGGUAUCCCUCGGGCCUUGCUUCUUGAUCGGGGGUAAGCUAAUUCGGGGUAGAUGACUACAUGGCUUCCUAUUCCUGGCGGUUUGACCGUCUAUGCAAAUCGGUGUGCUGUCUUCUUUCAACACCCUGGACGAACUUAGCUAAGGGAUGUUGCUGACUGAUCGGCUAGCUACUUAGGCCCCUCAUGGGGGUUUGCUAUGGGAUGGAACUACUGUUUCGGGGCAGCUAUGACAGUUUGCGCGGAAGUAUCCGCCGCGAUACUACUGAUAGAAUACUGGACCGACGAUGCAAGUGCCGUGAAACAUUCCGUUAGUCAACCCUUUUCCACUGCUAACACCUCAGAAGGUGAACAAAGCCGUAUGGAUUGUCAUAAUUCUAGCAGUAAUAUUCCUACUCAAUAUCUUCGGUACCUUAACAAGCCAUUGGGAGCAAAAGAACUGCUUGGAAGAUAACAUAGCUAACAAUAACUAGUCGUCGAGGGCUACGGAGAGGCCGAAUUCAUCUUCGCAAGUGUUAAAAUCAUAACGAUCAUUGGCCUCUUGUUCUUGUCGGUGAUUCUCUGCGUCGGCGGCGGGCCGAACAAAGAUCGCAUCGGGUUUAGAUACUGGUUCGUGUUACUAGGGCUUUUGCGCAACUAGACUUCGAUGAGCUAGAUAAAGGGUUGGGUGAAGUCUCAUCUUUAUUGUCGUUCGUCUACUUGAAGGCUGAGGCGCUGUUCUGUUCCAGUGCCCUAUGGGACGCACACUUCGAACUCGUUGCGCAAAGGCUCUACCUUCUGUUCCGUUGUUGUAGCGUCUAUGUUAACACUAUUCAGGAAAAAACCCGGCGCCAUGAGGGCCUAUCUCGUCCCCGGUAGCACUGGUCGAUUCUUGGGUUUUUUGAAGUCUUUCGUGAACGCGUUAGUUGAACCAAUCCCUUUUUGAACAUUGCUAUAUAUAGACUAAGGCGUGAUAUGAAAUUUAUUCAUCUGGGACUGACAUAUCAAACUCUGGAACAGUUGUUUCGCAUUUGGCGGAUCAGAGGUUAUCUGUGUCGCUGCGAGUGAGACUCUGAACCCUCGAAGGAACAUCCCGAAGGCCGUCCGCCGUACUUUCUGGCGUGUGUUGAUUUUCUACGUCUUUGGUGUUCUCUCUAUUGGUGUCCUGGUAUGAUUUUCGCUGCCAUGGAGGGGGAUUUCUACUUUUUUGGGAGUGAAUGCCUGGUAAUUGUCUAAAAGGUCCCAUACAAUGACAAAGGUCUCACCACCGCCCUCGACAAUGGUGCCACUGGAGCUGCAGCCUCCCCGUGGGUGGCUGCAAUCGUCAACGCCGGGAUCGGUAGGUUAUGCUGGCUGUUUCCUUCCGGACAAGUGGAUUCCCCCCCUCAACUCACAUUUGUGCAAUUAAAUAGAUGUCCUCCCGAGCAUUAUUAACGCCGUCAUCUUAACGUCCGCCUGGUCCUGUGGUAACAGUUUCAUGUAUGCGGCCUCCCGCAACCUCUACGCCCUCGCUAUCACAGGUCAUGCGCCCAAAAUCUUUGCAAAGUGUAGCAAGAGGGGUAUCCCGUACUUUGCCGUUGUCGCAGUUUUAUUGGCCACGACGGUUUCGUUCUUGCUGAUGUCCGAGAAGUCUUCUGUUGUAUGUGUUCCCCCGUAAACUCCUGCAAAAAAGGGGGGCAGGGUGGUUGACUAACAACAUCGGUUAGGUCUUCGAUUGGUUCCUUAACAUCACCACUGUGUCCAGCUUGUUCAAUUGGCUGACUCUGUUCCUUGCCACUAUCCGCUUCCGAAAGGGAUAUCUCGCGCAGGGGGUGACUCGUGAAGAUCUCCCGUUCCGGUCACCCCUGAUGCCUUAUGCUGCAUACUACGGGUGUGGAAUGGUGUCUAUCUUUAUUGUUAUCAGCGGCUUUGACAUUUUCUUCCCGGGGAAAUUCUCUGCUAGGGAAUUUUUUGCGAAAGUAGUGCCCUCCCUCUUAUGCAUAAGGUGAUUUAAUCAGUGACUUACCUUUCUGUUUUUUCCAAUAGUACGUUGGCGUUCUCCUAUUUGUGGCCCCCUUCGUUUUUUACAAGAUCUGGAAGAGGGACAGUCUUACGCCACUAGCCACCAUGGAUAUAUGGACUGGUAAGGAGGAAGUAGAUAUUUAUGAACGGGAAAAUCCCCCCCCGGAGCCGAAGAAUACGUAUGAUCCACACUUACCCUUUUCUCCUAAGAAAGAAAAAUUAAAAGAAAAAAAGAAAUUGAAUGCUCAACUAACAUGUUGUGCAGUUGGGAGAAGAUCUGGUUCGCGAUCGCAUAGUUUUCCGCAAUACCUUACCUUUGGAAAUGCUACUUUUAUUUGGUCCGGGGAGUUUAUGGGCAAAGAUGCAUGCCCUUAUGUACAUAUUAUUAUCAUCGCUAUUUUUCCGAGAAACACAGGUGGGAGCUGAGCAGCCCUGAGUGGUUUUCAAUACAGAAGCACUCGUGGGCUUAAGGUUGGAGUGAAAUCGGGUAUCAUACCAAAACCGCGUUCAACACCUCUUCACCAAUUAUUAGGUCUUGCGUCCCGAGAUCGCUGCGGGGGCUGCCACUAACUUCACUAUACAUUAAUCCCUACUAUCACAAUGUCAUCCAAC